AUGCCGCAUCAAAAUCCUUCAGAAUUGCCGUCUACACCAACAAAAGAAAACUUAAAAUCUUGGUGGAAACAAUUCACUGCAAAAAAAGGAAAAAGAGAAGAUGAGGGCAAAGAAAAUGAUCAUCAAGGUGUAUUCGGUGUAAGUUUAGCUGAAGGAAUACAUUAUGCAAGUGUUCCAAUAUGUAUGACUGCUGCCGAUGGCCAACAAUAUGUUUAUGGUUAUAUACCAAUUAUUGUUGCAAAAUGUGGAAUGUUGAGCGGAUCAGCAAAAAGAAUAAAAGAAUUACAAAUAAAAUUUGAUACUCCACCAUCUUACGGAAAAACGUUGGAUUGGACGGGUUAUUCUGUACAUGAUGCUGCAAAUAUUUUCCGUAGAUAUCUAAAUCAAUUACCAGAUCCUGUCAUUCCACUUCAAUGGUACGAUGCCUUCAGAUCUGUGCACUAUCCAACUACUAGAGUUAUUAAUUAUCAAAAAUUAAUUGCAAACCUUCCAAAAGAAAAUCAACAUUUAUUACUCUAUAUCCUUGAUUUACUAGCAGUUUUCUCAUCAAAAUCAUCAGAAAAUUUAAUGCCAUCGAGUAAUUUGGCAUCAAUUUUUCAACCUGGUGUUUUAUCACAUCCAUCACACAAUAUGUCGCCCGAACAAUAUAAAUUAUCACAAGAAGUAUUGGGAUUUUUAAUUGAGCAUCAAAAUUACUUUUUGCCAACGAGUAACAUUACCACUGCUGGUAAUAAUAAUGCCUCUUCUUCUACCAAUGAUAGAGAUAAUUCACAGCAAAAUUUAAAAGAACCAUUUGAUUUAAAUAACCCACCGGUAAAACGAAUAUCUUUAAGAAGACAAAGUCUAUCACAUGAACCAUUCGCACUAGACACUACUUUACCAUCACCAUCUAGUGAAAUUCAACCAUCUGAAAGUACUGGUCUUGUAAGAAGUAGAACUUUACCAAGUAAAAGACCUAAAUACUCAGAAAAUCGCAAUAGUAAUAGUGAAAAAUUCAUCCCUGUUCCUGUCGCAAUUCUUCUCCAACUGGAUGAUUUUGAAGUUACAAUAUUAUCAAAGCAAACACAUAAGGGCUUUAAAAAUAUAGAUUUAGAUUUCAUCAUCUUUCAUGAUACUGCUAGUAGACAUUUGAUUGGCGGUGACGUUUUCAUGGAAGUUUCCCCAUUAAAGUUAUCUGAGGAGGAACAUUGUGACAUGUUCAUUUAUCCAAAUACUCGUUCAUUUCAUAGAUCAGAAAAAGAAUAUGAACUUAGAUUAAAUUGUGCCACCGCAGGAUUAAAAACAAGACCUGACCUUUCAUGGUGUGGCAAUCUUAAAUUCAGAAUUUAA